ACAAGGAAGUAGCCCAAGCGAUAUCGCAGGAACAGUCAGAUGCCGUUGUGGGCGCAGCGUAGCGCCAAAGUGUGGGCGGGCGCUCCAUGCAGCACGGAUAAAAAGGAUAGUGCGUUAACUUAGCUACGUAGCAAGGGUUGCAAUCGGAACAGUGUUGACUAUGUUAUCUCUGACUGGAUGCUUGCCGUCACUGCAUUUGGCAAUAGCAUUUUCGCUUGCUUUGUGUCAUUCUUUGCAGACGAGGACUUCGAAUAUGCGCAAACGGGAUGAAGAAACGAUCUUUUUCUACCCGAAGUGAAAACAGAGCAGGGAUUUUCAAAUAUUGGAAUUACUUCCCCUUUUCCCUAUGAAGAAGUCAAAACUUUGGAUAAACACCUAUUUUUAUUUAUUGAUGUUCGUUGCGAUUGCUGCCCAUUCAAGCGAAAUUGGAAACCCAAUAACAGACGAUAUUGAGAAAAUAUCUAUAUUGAAACAAAAUAUUCCUAAGGAUUACAAGAUCACUGUAAAAUUCAUUCCGAUGGAAGAGGUGUCAAAAGGAAUUGAUAGACACGGAGAACGCAAUAAGAGUGGCUCGUGCUGGGUGAAGCUAAAUGUAUUUAACUUGGAGGAAAGUCUAAGAGCCUUGGCUCGUAAAUUUGGAAACAUUUCCUCAAAUAGAGAUCAUAUUAACACAUUCAUACAGAUCCUACGAGAGAUGCGGUAUCACAUUGGUCAUGCUGUGUUGGAUGACGCAAUGCUGGAGUUUCAGUGCCACUACAGGGAGGAGAAAUGGCCGACCCUAGAGUAUUUCGAAUUUGUUGAAUAUUUCUUUAAAAUAGCAAAUUCUUCAAGAGAAGAAGAGGAAGAUUGUGAAUCCCCACCCUGUCCCACAGUAGAGGUUACCACAUCUUCUACAUCUACAUCGUCUUUUAUCCCAAAAGUAUCUGCUAAUCUGCCUCCUUCCGGAGCAGGAAGACUAAACAAAGACAAAACAGAGUGGGUUUCUCCAGAACAUGUAAAGAUGAGCCUUUUAUCACUUCUACUUAUCCCAGUCAUUGCCAUUAUGCUUCUCUUUGCAUGGAAGAUGAAAUCUAGAAGGCAGUCCACGCCGCCGAGCAAAGAUGAAAUAGAUGAAAUAGAUGCUAUCAAAGAAGUAGAUGACAGCUCACCACAUUUACAAAAGGAUGUUUGUGAAGAAAAUGAAUGUUUGAAUGUCGUUGAAGUGAUUGAGACGGUAUGAUUCAGUUACAGAAUCACGAUCUUAAUGCUUGUUUUGACAAACUUCAAAGGCAGAUGGGCAGGUGAAGUUUUGAAAGGAUGUCACUCUGUGCUCAUGCCUGCUUCAUAACCACUGCAGCUACAACUCUGUGCGAACAUCUCUGGUCCAAUGGAGUGUGUAUUUGUUUUGUCCGCUGAAGAUGCCUCAAUCCAUUGCACAUAUCUGAUCGUGGCAUAAUCACUUAGUAACCAAGCUUUUUCUGGCGGAAGAUUUUUUUUUUUUUUCUGAGGACUUUGUAUUCUAAAAGACACUGACAAGUCUAUGAAAAGCAGACACUUCCAUGCUGCUCCAAGCAUUCUUUUUUUUUUUCAAAGACCACUGAAGAAAAGACACUAGAAGGGCUACAAUUCAUUUUUAAAGGAGUAAGUAUAAUGACUACCUCCACAUGCACUGGUCUUAAACUCUAUUGUUGUAACACUUGCUGUUUAAUUGGAUAACAUGUUAAUAACAAUGAAAACGCUAGAUAUUUAGAUAUGUAUCUGUUCUGUGUCUUAAAAAAGAAUUAAUUGUGAAUUUUAUUUAUUUGUUUGUGUUACCAGAUAAGAUAUACAUUUUAUGGCAUGAAAGGGGUAUUUGAAAUAAUAAACUGCAAAUGUGUGCCAUGAACAUUUUCUUAUAUGUCAUCAACAUCUCUUUUAUUACAAUUUUCUCAAAAUGUUCACAAAGGUAUGCCUGCAUUCCUUAGUAUGGUCUAUUCAAGUGACCAGGUGUUUAUCAUCUCUUUUUAUUUUAAUGACCAAACACCACAAAUGUGCAGUGUUCAAAUUGUAGUAACAUUAGUUGGCUACUGUUUGAAUACAAUGUCAUGUAGACUCCUCUGGAAAAACAUAGUUGUAGUUACAUUGGAAACAUUGCAAUGUAAAUAAAAUAAUUCACAUAGUCAUUAGCCAUCUUACAAAACAAAUUAUGGUUCUGGCGAACAAUUGUAAUAACAAUACAUACUGAAAGAUAUCCUAGGACAGUUUGGAAAUAGAGUACAAACAAAAUAAAUAAAAUCAAGUUAAGACUGGAACUUUUUUCUAUACAGUAUAGGCCUAUAUACAGUAUAGGCCAACACUUUGGACACACCUUCUCAUUAAAUGCAUUCGUUUUAGUUUCGUGGCUAUAUACAGUGCAUUGUACAUUUUCGCGGUGGGCGUCAAAACUGUGCAUGAACAGAUUUUCUAUCCACCUGACGUCAACACGGCACAACUGAUGGCCAACAAGCUUAUUUUUCGUCUAUUUUCGAGUGAAUCCAUCAUGUUAGUUGUAGUAACAGCAUGAAUAUAAAGCUUCUUGAUAUGCUGAUUCAUAUAAAAUGUGGAGGCAUCGCGAAAAAUGCUUAAUUUUCAAGAUGGCCGCCAAAUUCAAUAUGGCCAAUCCAUAUUAUUGAAACUACAUGGCACUUUAUGGUAAAAGCAUGAAAAUUGGCACACAGUUACUUCUUUACGGGUAUAUUCUGGUAUUGACAUUAAAAAAUGAGGCAUUGUGAAAAAGAAAAAAAAUCUGAAUUUUCAAGAUGACGGCUCUUUUUAGGAGGAGAAUGCAAUCAGCACACAUACAUGGUGUGCAGAAUUAUUUGGCAAACACGUUUUUCUGACCAUAUCAUCCAUUUACAUCCCAUAUGCAUAUUUUCAAACACCAAACUGUAUGAUCAUGAAAUCCUAUUGGAUGUAAGCAUUCCAAAUCAUGCACAUUUGUAUAAAAAGGUGUGAUCUAAGGAGACGUAAACACCCUAUAUCAGGUGUGCAUAUUAAGCAACUUUGUUUUCUUCUAGGAAAAUGUUGAUCUAACCAACUCUGAAAAGUCUAUAAACAAUUUUGAAGGCUUCCAGAGGGAUGCGGCAGGAUCCCCCGCACACUGGCACCGAUGUCCGCGGACAUCGGCUAGUGAUUAGAGACAAGUUCUAUUUUGUCGGAGCCGCCCAUUGACUAUCCAUGCUAUGUUCGUGUGAAAUUGGGUUUGGCGGUCGGAAUUGUGUCGAAAGCGAAAGUGCUCCGCAGUGCUGUCGGAAUCAAUGUGCGGAGGCCCUAACUCUUGCAUUGGAACUUUACAUGGCAUCUACAUGAUCUCUAUGGCCCCUGUCAAAAAAGCUAAUAAGCUUAACUCAUUGAUUGUAUCUUCCA